UGUUUACACACACACACACACAUAUAAUGUAAAACGUCACCUAACCUAAGUUUAUAAAUUGUGGUAUUCUAAAUAAAAAUAAUAUAAUUAUUAAACAUCUGUUUAUAUAUUUUUAAUAUGUUUAGGGGUUCGACUCCCACGAAUGUAAACAAUUCAAAUGUUCAAUUACCCUCAUCAUCGUCAUCAUCAUCAUCAUCAGGAAAUUUCGAAACCAUCAAUACAGCCAAUUCCGAAAUAAAUCAAGCACUUCCUGGAGAAAAUCCAGACGUUCAUCAUUUAAAUGGAAAUUACUGUGAAAAUGCAAAUACAAGAAUGGAGUUUUCCGAAAUAAAUUUAUCGAUUCAAACUCCUGAAAUUCAAAGUAACACACUCACAACUGAAAAUGAGAGUCGAACAUCGUCAAGUUCCGUUGACGAUAGUGGUCAACCACGUGCAAAACGAAGAUGCAUCGAACAUCUCUCUUGUACCCAAAGAUCAUUAUCGUGGCAAACGAUAAAAAAAAAUUCACCAAGUGUUUCUUUACACACAAAUAAUGGCGAGAAAUUUUCCCCUUCCGAACAACAAUUGAAAAAUAAAGAAUCGAGUUGUUGGGAAAAAUUUACGAAACCUUCAUUAUCAGAAAAGAAUGAAAAACAAGUGAAUGUUAAUGUACCAAAACCUGGUACACCAGUGACAAUAAAUACAAUUAAAAAAGCUGGUCAAUAUUUACUUGGUCCAUUAAUUGGAACAUCACCAGUGAAAAGUAUAGUGCAAUGUUUAGCUAGACGAAUAGGAACUGAUAAAUUUUAUACUAUCAAAAUUUUAACAUUAAAAGAUGAGUCUGAUCAUGAAACUCAGGAUGAUCGUCAGGGAAAAAUGCUUCUACAUGCUGAAUUUUCAUUAUUAAGUUUACUUCAAAAUCAAGAUGGUGUUGUUCAUCAUCAUGGAUUUUUUAAAGACUGUGCCAUGGAAGAGAAGAAAACUGCCUCGGGUAAUAUUUAUACAGGGAAACUAAAACGUCGCUUGUGUCUUGUUCUGGAUUGUUUGACAUCACACGAUUUCAAUCCACGAAAUGAAGAAUUGCUCAAUCUUCAGCAUCAUGUUAUAAGGGAGAAAAAAUUAUCCGAAAAAGAAACUCUUUUAAUUUUUUACGAUACCGUUAGAAUUGUAGCAUGUUUACAUAAAAGAAAUAUUGUUCAUCGAGAUCUUAAACUUGGUAAUCUCGUCAUUAAUCGCAAAACAAGAAAGGUAACAAUUACAAAUUUUUGUCUGGGAAAACAUUUGGCAAGUGAAAAUGAUCUUUUAAAAGAUCAAAGAGGUUCACCAGCUUAUAUUUCGCCUGAUGUAUUAUGUGGAAAACCAUAUUUAGGAAAACCUUCGGAUAUGUGGGCAUUGGGAGUUGUAUUAUUUACAAUGUUAUUUGGUCAAUUUCCAUUUUACGAUAGUAGUCCAACUCAAUUAUUUAGUAAAAUUAAAGCGGCUAACUAUAACAUUCCAAAUGACGGACGAGUGUCGGAUGGAACAAUUUCACUUAUUAGAAAUCUAUUGGUUUUACAACCAAGCAAACGUUUGACUGCUUUACAAGUUUUGGAUUCCCUCGACACUAUAAUUGCAACAUUUAGAGCACCAAUAAUGAUCGAUGAGGAGGAUCAAGUGGUUCCUGAAAUAACUGAAGCCACUGACGAAGCGGAAGAGAAAAAGGAGGAGAAAAAGGAAAAUAGCAAAAAAUCAUUGUCGGAUUUCUUUAAACAUAUAACGCUACAGGAAAAAAUGCAUCAAAUGAUGAAGCAACCGAGUCCAAUUUUAUCGCGUCCAAAGCCGUACGGUCAAAUUCCUCUUUAUCGAAUUGAAUCAGACGCGAGAGAAUUGACACAAGCGGAAUUAAAUAAAUACAAGCAUUUAAUUCCAAGAGAUAAUCAACGACAACAUAAUUCGAAUAGAGGCGAUGCAAUCCCAUUGCAAGGAAGAGGAACUUGCAGCAGGAGUAGAUCGUCCCAGAAUCAGACAACUAAUCAAGAGCAAAGAGACACGAGUAAUCGACAACUUGGUACAAUCGACACUAAUUCCACAACGAAUAAUUUACCGGCAAAUCAAUCUCAAAAUUCACAAUCGUCAUUGAAUUUAUUGAAUUCUCUAAUUAGGCCACUAGUGACUAAUUCGAUGAGCGGUUUACGAUCCCAUUCAUCUAAUAUUUCAACGUCGUCGACUAGACCUGGAGGCGAUGCAAUUAGCCGAUCACAAUUAAUGAGAAGAAGAUUGUCAUUAAAUCACAAUUCAAGGGAAACUUCAUCAGACGUGAGUUCUCGAUCGAGACUCUUGUCACAGACCAGUACACUUUCCAGUAAUUCAUCAUCAAUGCCGGAUAAUUUAAAUCGAAACACACACCCGAUGGAUGAUUUAAAUCGACAUCGUAACGUAAGAACUCAAGUGGACACAAGAAAUUCCGAUUCACUUGUCAGACAAUCAAAUUCAAGAUCAUUGCCAACUUCUUCUGUCUCAUUGUCAAAUUCAAGCCCCAAUUAUACAACACCAUCAUCAAAUUCUGAUGAAAUAUUACGAGACAUCAAUCGUUCAGUGCCCGAUUUACGAAAUCGAAGUCAACAAAAUAGUUUUCGAGAAGCAAUAGUCGAUCGAUUAAUUAAUAUUCGUGUGCGAAUGCAACAACGUCGUAUUAAUAGUAUUGAACGAGUUUUGGAUAGUCAGAGAAGAAUUUCAAACGCUAUUUCUAGCCAAACGAAUAAUAAUACUAAUAAUUCAAAUCCAAGAGAUUUAAAUGUAUUAUCACGAAGAAUAUCACCAUUUAAUAGACAUUCGCCAUACGUUGUUCAAUCAUUAAAUAAUAAUUUAAGACGAUCUAAUUUAGAUUCCAACACUACAAAUAGAUCUAUUGAUUCAAUUGUAGGAUAUUAUCGUGAUACGAAUACAACUGAUAGUCGUGUGUUACGUCUUUGUCCAGUGAGAAAUAAUUCAAUGAACGUUGUUGUCGAUAAUCAUGAAUCACGUCCUACAACGAAUAAUAUUGUUAAUAAUCUUGAACAACUUGUGCAAAAUCAAUCAUCAAAUUUAAGACCGAGAAAUAUGGAAAUUGUUCCUCCAAUCAAUGCGAAUCCUACACAACGAGGAUUUAAUCGGACAAAUGGUCAAAAUGACAAUGUUUUUAAUUUCCUAUCGAGAUUAAAUUCAAGUUUUCCUUCGAAUGACACAUCCUCAAAUGAUUCAAUGAGUUGAUAGCGCAAUUGAACGUUUAUUUAAUUUAAUUUUUAAUUCCUUUAUAAAUUGAAACAAAAAAUUAUUAAAGGUAAUCGGGGUUUUAUUCACGUAUCGUAUGUAUAUAUUUAUAGAAAAAAAGACAAUGGUUUUCUUUAGUUUCUUAUAAAAGAAAAAAAUUAAAACCAGACUUAGAAAUCAAGCUUGCAAUUCUCACAUAAAUAUUUCCUUUAAUGCGAAAUUAUUCGAAAUAUUUAUUAUUAUACUCGGAAAUAAUAUAAGAAAUGUUUUUUAUAAAUAAGAUUUUAUAAAUAUUCUUAAAUAUAAAAAAUAUUUCUUUAAAUCUAAUUAAUUCUCUCAUCUAAGUGUCAAAUUGGAAACAAUUUUUAUUGAAUUAUAAAAUUCAAUUUUCACCAGGUAAUAAAAAAAACAGCCACCAAAUAAUAUUAUACUUUGUAAUGAAAAAAAAGUAGAAUGUCAUGCAGUGUUUUGUGUUUUAGUUAAUGGCGCAAUAAUGUUAAAUGUUUUUUAAUAGAUGCUAAUUUUUAUGAAAAAUUCGUUCUUUUUUUCUCAAUCCAAAUAAAAAUCGUUAUUUUAAAAAAAGAACCUUUAAAAUCUCUACAUUUUUACCUCUUUUUUUUUUAUUCAAAUUUUUGGAUGCCACUGUAAUUUUAAUUUUUUCAGUUGCUUCUAUUUCAUAAAUAAAAAUAUUUAUAUGAAAAGAAUAAAAUAUAUUAUAAUUAUCCAGAGAAGAAGAAAUUAUAAUAAAACCAAAAAAAGAGUAAAUAAUUCAAAACCAAUUUCUCCACUAAUCGCAUUUUAUUGAAUUAUCAUCUAUCACUAUUUUUUAUCUUUACAUAAGAUAUUUUAAUUAAGGACAUUUGACACAUAAUUAUGACAUCGCGAAUCGAGUCAUUGAACAUUCAAAACAUUUUUAUUCUUUUUACACUAACUUGAUAUUUUGUUUAUUAACACAAAAACAAAGAAAAAAAAAUCGAAUAAAAAAAAAUUAUUUGCAAAAUCUAAUUUUACUUUAUUUUUUUAAUUAUUUUUGUUAGUUUCAAAAUUAGUGAUUUUUAAAUAAAUAAAUUUGAAAUUAAUUAGUAAUUGUCAAUUAUGAAGUUAAUUAUAAACAAAUAACGACGGAAAAUUGUUGAAGACUUGAUUGGUGAAGUCACAUUAUUACACACGUCCUUAAAAUGAAGAAAUUGGUUACGCAUUAAAAAAAACUCCAAGUUCACUAUUUAAAAAGAAAUUAAAAAAAAUAUUUUUUCUUUUUUGAAAAUGAGAUAAUUGUGUAAUUUUACAUAUUUACACUCGAUUCACUAAGCCCAAAAUAAAGUAAAUAUUUGCCAUUUAGCGUGUGAAACAUUAUUUCUAACACACGCAUUAGUAUAUAUCUAUCGACUUUUUAUUCCGGUUUUCAUUAUUUAGAAUUUCUUAUAUAUAAUGUUCUUAAUAACUCUCUGUCUUAAACAUUAUGAUGUUGUUGAAAACCUAAAUUUGUUUUUUUUUAUUUUAAAUACAUAAUUAUUUUAAAGCACUUACACUUAAACGAUCUAUCAAUUUCUAAAACAAACGAAAUCUUAAUAAUUCAACUUAUAAAAUAAAUUUUUCUUCUACAAAUAGAAGAUUUCUACUCUGUUUUUACAAAUGCAUUAUACAUUAUGAAUGCAAAGCUGUACAGAGCAGAUUUUACAGAUUAUUAUCAUUAUCAUUAUCAUUAUUAUAGUAUUAUAUUACUGUACACAUUAACGGGCUAUAAUUAUAUUCAUAAUAUGAUUGACUCAAAAAAGUUGUCUCUUUUACAACUUUUUUGUUCUUUAUCAAUAUCAAAUUGUAAAUAUAAAUGAAUAAAUAGAAAAACAAUCAUAUGGUCGCGUCAUAAUAUCUAAUAAUUAAAAAAAAAAUCCCAAACAAAAUAUUAUUCCACGAAAAACUUAUACGAUGUGAAUCGAAAAAUUGAUUGCACAAAAUUAUUAUAAUUUCUCUACACGAGUCGAUAUUUAAAUAUAAAAAUCGUCAAUCGAAUAUUAUUAUAGCUUAAUCGUGAUUGUUUUUCUAUUAAUCUUUUGUUUUUUUUUAAGACUAUUUAAUAAUGUACACUAAAAAAUAUGAAUGUCCUUGUGUACGUAAAUUAGUC